CACGCGCGUACUGGCCCCGGAGGCCGCGCGGCCAGGCUCCCGGUGCCUUUUGUUUGGCGCAGAGCAAGCGUUUACAUCACGUUUCGGACACCUCCCUCUCCUCUUCGCCUCUCCUUCUCGCUCCAGCUUACAUCCCCUCCUACCCCUUCGCCGUCACCCCGCGGGACUGUCGGCCUCCUGGACCAAAGCCCGCGGACGUCUCCACCCGAGCGAUGCCUCCUCUCCAGAAAGUUGCCGCUGCCGCUGCUGCCUCCGGGCGCUGAAACAAAGUCCGGCGGAGCCGCCUCUGGGUGCAUUGCGCUUGUCCGUGCGGGGCGGCUGGAUUCCGCUGCCGGGCGUGCCAGCUCCCCUCGUGGAGUCUGACACGCGCCCCGCCAUGGCCGAGGGCGCGGCCGGCAGGGAGGUUCCGGUGCCGCCCGACGCCGCGGAGGGCGAAGAAGACGCCCGGGUGGGCCCCGACACCGCCUCUGGGGACGGCUUGGCGGUGGGCGCUGCGGGCCAGACGAGAGACCGUCGUGGAGGGGUCGCGUUGCCGGGCGCUGCUGGAGCCCCGGCUGACAGCGAGGCCAGCCUUCUGGAGGCGGUGCGGGCUACCCCCCGGCGCAGCAGCAUCAUUAAGGAUCCUGCAAACCAAAAAUGCGGUGGAAGAAAGAAAACUGUGUCUUUCAGUAGCAUGCCAUCAGAAAAGAAGAUUAGCAGUGCAAGUGACUGCAUCAGCUUCAUGCAGGCUGGCUGCGAACUGAAGAAAGUCCGGCCAAAUUCUCGCAUUUACAACCGGUUUUUUACUCUGGACACAGACCUCCAAGCUCUUCGCUGGGAACCUUCCAAGAAAGACUUUGAGAAAGCUAAGCUUGAUAUUGCUGCCAUAAAAGAGAUCAGACUUGGAAAGAACACAGAAACAUUUAGAAACAAUGGCCUUGCUGACCAGAUUUGUGAGGACUGUGCCUUUUCCAUACUUCAUGGGGAAAACUACGAGUCUCUGGACCUAGUUGCCAACUCAGCUGAUGUAGCAAACAUCUGGGUGUCAGGAUUACGCUACCUGGUUUCUCGAAGUAAGCAACCCCUUGAUUUUAUGGAGGACAACCAGAACACGCCAAGGUUCAUGUGGUUGAAAACAGUGUUUGAAGCAGCAGAUAUUGAUGGCAAUGGGAUUAUGUUGGAAGACACCUCUGUAGAGUUAAUAAAACAACUCAACCCUACCCUGAAGGAAUCCAAGAUCAGGUUAAAGUUUAAAGAAAUCCAGAAGAGCAAAGAGAAACUAACUACUCGAGUGACAGAAGAGGAAUUUUGUGAAGCUUUCUGUGAACUUUGCACCAGGCCAGAAGUGUAUUUCUUACUUGUACAGAUAUCUAAAAACAAAGAAUAUUUGGAUGCCAAUGAUCUCAGGCUCUUUUUGGAAGCUGAGCAAGGAGUCACCCACAUCACUGAGGAUAUGUGCUUAGACAUUAUUCGGAGAUAUGAACUUUCUGAAGAGGGGCGUCAAAAAGGAUUUCUUGCCAUUGAUGGCUUUACUCAGUAUUUGUUGUCACCAGAAUGUGACAUUUUUGAUCCUGAGCAAAAGAAGGUUGCCCAAGAUAUGACUCAGCCAUUAUCUCACUACUAUAUCAAUGCCUCUCACAAUACCUAUCUGAUCGAAGACCAGUUCAGGGGGCCAGCAGAUAUUAAUGGGUAUGUUAGAGCUUUGAAAAUGGGCUGUCGAAGCAUUGAACUCGAUGUAAGUGAUGGUCCAGACAAUGAACCAAUCGUUUGUAAUCGAAAUAAUGUGACAACACAUCUUUCCUUUAGAAGCGUCAUAGAGGUAGUAAACAAAUUUGCUUUUGUUGCUUCUGAAUACCCACUCAUUCUCUGCUUGGGGAAUCACUGCUCCCUACCACAGCAGAAGGUAAUGGUUCAACACAUGAAAAAGAUCUUUGGCAAUAAACUCUAUACAGAAGCACCUUUGCCAUCUGAAUCCUACCUCCCUUCCCCAGAAACAUUGAAAAGAAAGAUCAUCGUGAAAGGAAAGAAAUUGCCUUCUGAUUCAGACAUUUUAGAGGGGGAAGUAACAGAUGAAGAUGAGGAAGCUGAAAUGUCUCGAAGGAUGUCAGUGGACCACAAUGAGGAGCAGAAACAAAUAUGGCUCUGUAGGGAGCUCUCUGAUUUGGUAUCUAUUUGUAAAUCUGUUCAGUACAGGGAUUUUGAACUGUCCAUGAAAAGCCAAAACUAUUGGGAAAUUUGCUCAUUCAGUGAAACAGAGGCCAGCCGAAUUGCAAAUGAAUACCCAGAGGAUUUUGUAAAUUAUAAUAAGAAGUUCUUAUCAAGAGUCUAUCCAAGUGCCAUGAGAAUCGAUUCCAGUAACUUGAAUCCACAAGACUUUUGGAAUUGUGGCUGUCAGAUUGUGGCAAUGAAUUUUCAGACUCCAGGUCCAAUGAUGGACCUUAACACCGGCUGGUUUCUUCAAAAUGGAGGAUGUGGUUAUGUUCUAAGACCUUCUAUCAUGCGAGAUGAAGUUUCUUACUUUAGUGCAAAUACAAAGGGCAUUGUACCUGGGGUUUCUCCUCUAGCCCUUCAUAUUAAGAUCAUCAGUGGUCAGAAUUUCCCAAAGCCCAAGGGAGCUUGUGCCAAAGGGGAUGUCAUAGAUCCCUAUGUUUGUAUAGAGAUUCAUGGAAUUCCUGCAGACUGUUCAGAACAAAGAACUAAAACUGUACAACAAAACAGUGAUAAUCCUAUCUUCGAUGAAACUUUUGAGUUUCAGGUUACCCUACCUGAGCUGGCCAUGAUCCGUUUUGUUGUUCUAGAUGAUGACUACAUUGGGGAUGAGUUUAUAGGACAAUAUACGAUACCGUUUGAAUGUCUGCAGCCUGGAUAUCGACAUGUUCCCCUGCGUUCUUUUGUGAGUGACAUCAUGGAGCACGUAACCCUUUUUGUACACAUAGCAAUAACUAAUCGAAGCGGAGGAGGGAAGGCACAGAAGCGCAGUCUUUCAGUGAGAAUGGGGAAGAAAGUUCGGGAAUACACCAUGCUCAGGAAUAUUGGCCUUAAAACCAUAGAUGACAUCUUUAAGCUAGCAGUUCAUCCCUUACGAGAAGCCAUAGAUAUGAGAGAAAAUAUGCAGAAUGCGAUAGUGUCUGUUAAGGAGCUGUGUGGACUCCCUCCAACUGCCAGUCUGAAGCAGUGCCUGUUGACCCUGUCUUCUCGACUCAUCAGCAGUGACAAUACUCCCUCAGUCUCUCUUGUGAUGAAAGAGAAUUUUCCUUACUUGGAGCCUCUGGGGAUGAUUCCAGAUGUACAGAAAAAGAUGCUAGCUGCUUAUGAUCUGAUGAUUCAAGAGAACCGGUUUCUCAUAGAAAUGGCAGACACAGUCCAUGAAAAGAUUUUACAGUGUCAGAAAACAGGGAUGGAAUUCCAUGAAGAACUUCAUAAUCUGGGGGCAAAAGAAGGCUUGAAAGGAAGAAAACUCAACAAGGCAACUGAGAGUUUUGCUUGGAACAUUACAGUAUUGAAGGGCCAAGGGGAUCUGUUGAAGAAUGCCAAGAAUGAAGCCAUAGAAAACAUGAAGCAGAUCCAGCUGGCGUGUUUGUCCUGUGGACUGAGUAAAACCCCCAGCAGCAGUGCAGAUGCCAAGAGCAAGCGUAGCCUGGAAGCGAUAGAAGAGAAGGAAAGUGGGCCAAGGGGAUGUGUUGAAGAAUGCCAAGAAUGAAGCCAUAGAAAACAUGAAGCAGAUCCAGCUGGCGUGCUUGUCCUGUGGACUGGGUAAAGCCCCUAGCAGCAGUGCAGAUGCCAAGAGCAAGCGUAGCCUGGAAGCGAUAGAAGAGAAGGAAAGUGGUGAGGAGAACGGGAAGCUGUGAGCCUGAGCAGCAUCAGCACGUUCACCAAUCCUUCCUGUCAAGAACUCUGUUUUCUCUUUCUGUUUUUUCUUUCUUUCCACUUUUAGAAGUUCACAAAAGGAUGCCCUCAGUGGGGUGUUGGACAUAAACAGAUAUUUUCACAGUGUCAGUAUUUUAAUGCAGUUAAUUUAUCUAAGUUAAAUCUUUAAUAGCAGUGUUUUAAAAUCUAAGAUGUGUGUGCACACCAAUGUGUGGAUGUGUGUGGAGGUGUAUGUGUGUGUAUGUGUGUGUGUGAAAUCCUGUAAAAUCUAUUCUGUGUUUCAUUAUUCAUUUGGUAAGUUAUUCCUUUAUUAUUUUGGGGCAAACUUGUUCACUUGAAAUUCUAAAGAGCACUUAAUGUAACCUGUUGCUGUGUUUCAUUUUAUUUCUUAGUCAUUUAAUUUAGAAGUCUUAACAUAGGUUACUAUUGAAGGAAACAAAAUUUACCAAUGUCUAGAUGUUUUGAUAGAUUAAAAUAUAUAUUAGAAAAAUUCCUAAGAAUCACAGUAGAAAUACAAGUGAAUGAAAGAUAAACAAAUGAUCAGAAUUUUUGGAAAGAUUAGCAGUCAUUUAUUGUUAGUGAACUGUUGAAAAUAUUUAUUAAACAAAUUCAAUUUUUAGAAAGAAAAUUUCUGUAGUAGCUUACUAACAGAUACGAUUUCAGUUGAAAAGCUGAUCAUAAGUGAAUUUAUACCCACCUAUGUGGUACUCUUAAUUAAACACAGUGGAAGUGGUGUUGUAAUUAGGAUUCUGAUAUGACAAUAACAUUCAGUUGUGAAAUUCCAGGGCUGAGAUUUGUAGGAAGGUGUUUUCUUCCAAACUGGGAGUCUAGCAUUCAUUUUUUGUAACAGACAUUAACAUCUGAGAAGUCUUGGCAUUGAUUAUAUUUAAUUUAGGGUACUAAAUUUACAUUUAAAGACAUUGUUCAAACAAUGUGUCAUCAUAUUGAGCAGAUAUAAAUUCUGUGGGUCAGAUAAUAUCUUCGUGACGAUUUAAGAACUAUCUGAUUAUACAACAUCUGUGAUAUAAUUUUAACACAUGCAGAGAAACACACACAAAAAGAAAAAAAUGACAAAUUAUAAUUGCAUCUAGAUAAUUUUCACCCCAAUGUCUUCAUAAACUACUUUAGUGUGAUAUGUUUGUUACCUCCAACAGGACUAAAUGUUCUAUGGUUAUGAAAGAAUAUAUUUAUUUAAAGCAUUGCUUUUAUUUUGAAAAGCUUCGUAAUUAAUUUUAUUAACAAAUAUGCUAAUUUGGGGAACUUAGGGAAGAUAAUUGUUGAAAUUUUGCAAUUUUAAAAGGUCUUCUAUAGCUACUGUUAAGUUAUUCUCGACUUCUUAACACUACUAUGUUCAUGUUGUACAUUACUGAAAGAGUAAAGAUGUGAAACACCACUUAUAUUGUUCUUUUUAUUGUGAAUUAAAAAAAUAAUGAAAAUGGGUUAUUAUAUCAAAAAUGUCUCAAAGGGUAUGCUAUUUCAAUGGACCAGAUAUGAUGCAAUUACUCUCUAUGUCUACAACUGGGCACUUGGGAGGGGGGCGUGUACUAGAAACUCAUUUUGAAGCAGGUUUGCAAUGGUAAUAUAAUGGCUUGAAAAAAUUUCUUUAUCCUCCAUUAUGCCUACCUGCCCGUAGAAGGAAAAGUGAAAUGCAGGCAUCUACGCUCCCUAAGAUAAAAAGAGAUGAUACAAACAGAAACAAAACCCAUUUUAUGUCAGCCAAUUGGUUGGUCUAUCCUGUGGACCUUUUCACCACCCUGAAAUCCACUUAGAGAAAUCCAUGCCUUUACUAAUGAGAGGGAGGGGCAGAGAUAAAGAAGAUAAAUGGUAACAAACUCUCAAAGAAUGUUUACUCAUUUCUUUACUUCAGGGCUGAAUCCAAUCUUGGAAGUGGUUUCCCUAGUUUAUCCCAUUUGUCUCUGAGUUCCACUGAUUAGCACCAGACCUACGUAUAUGUAUGUUCUUUGAGAAUAAGAUACAAAGUCCACCUGAUCUAAUGGUAUUUCUGGCAAAGAAUUGUCAGCCAUUCUCUGCUCCGUUCGGCCUGAUUUCAUUGCUAAGGAGUGGUGUGUAGGUCAGGAAGGAGCUUUAGAUACUGAGAGUAGAAGAGUUAAAAGGGUAAAGGCCCUGGGUAGAAUUAGUAAAAACAAAAAUCUUUUGCUUAUUAUGGUUUCCCUACAUUAUUACCUUCUACGGGUGUCUGUCUCCUUUACAGGCUUGAGCUGUCACAGAAGAAACCCUCUUCAAUUGACCGUGUGGUAGAUAUUAAUUCUAUUUUCACUUAUUUACUUUCACAUAACCAGGGGGAUCUGAGGCAGGGAUAGUAGGUAUCAUCAUCGUCAUUUCACAGGUAAGGAAGCCCAUGGCCACUCAGGUAGUGUUCUUAGCUUCCUAGUGCUGCUGUAAUAGAAAUACCACAAGUGGAUGACUUUAACAAACAAAUUUAUUUUCUCACAGUUUAGGAGGCUAGAAGUCUGGAUUCAGGGCACUGGCUCUAGGGGAAGGCUUUCUCUCUGUCGGCUCUGGGGAAGGUCCUUGUCUCUUUUCAGCUUCUGUUCCUCAGUGCUGUGGCCAUCUUCAUGAGGCAUGGCAUCUAUCUUCCCCAAUCUGUGCUUCCUUGCUUCUGUGCGUAAUCUGCUAUUUUUAUAUCUCAGAAGUGAUUGGUUUAAGACACACCCUACACUGGUAUAGUCUCACUGACGUAACAAAGAAAACUCUAUUCCCAGAUGGGAUUAUAUCCAUAUAUUUUGGGGGGAUGCAAUUCAACCCCUAACAGGUAGUAAAUGGAAGAAUUGACUUUGAACUCAGGUCUGUAUGAUUUUAUAUUCAGGAGUAUUUAUUCAUUGAUUUUGAUUUUAAAUUUAGUUCUCAAAAUUUAAAACCAGACUAUUGAUUUUUUCCUUUAUAACCACAGAUAAUAAAGACUUUAUCCUUCUUAUAAUAUUAAUAAUCAAUAUAAAAAUGCAAAAAUAGAAAAAAUGUAUGAAAUAGAAAAAACACUAUUAACAUUUUUAUUUAUAUACUUUCAGACACUUUUAGAGUUUAUACAUAGAAAUAAAUGUUUUCAUAUUUAACAAAAAGGAGAUCAUAUUGCAUAAACUGUUUUUAAGAGCUGUUUAAAACUAACAAUAUCUCAUAGAUAUCUUUCCAUGACAAUAAAAUAUAUACUGUGUACAUUAGAGGUCCCAAUCUUUGGACUAUGUCCAAUCCAUAGGUAACACAUUUUAUUUCGUCACUGAAUCUUUUUCAAAACAUUUUAACAAUAGCAGACUUUUGAAAACCAGGAGAUUUCACAUAAAAAAUUGUAAUUUCCUGCUUUUUAAAAAAUAUUAGAUAUUCUGACACUAGACACACAUAGAUAUACACACAGACCCCUUUUGCUUGGCAUCCAUUAAUUGGAGCUGAGUAAUUGGGUGCCUCUCCAAAUUGGGCAUGUGCUGUCUAGUUUGGCAAAGAGCCCCUGUGGACAUCUGAGGUGGUGAUCCUUGAUCCAAGUCAUCAUUUCCAAUAAUUACGUAGUAUUUUAUUAUGUAAAUUACCAUACUAUAUUUAACCAAUUCUGUAAACUGACCCUACGAAUGCCAGUGACUUUCCAUUAGUCAGAAAAGACUGCCUUAAACUAGCCUAAGCCACAUUUGGCCCACCCCGCAUGUGCAGAAGGGCUAUCUGUGACUGUUAGUUGACUUCAGUAGAGGACACAGCAACAGGUGGAAAAAUCAUCACCCGGACCCCAUCCCGAAGUGAGCGGUGCGACAAGAACCACCUCACCUCCUGUUUCCUGGCCGCCAUAAUUUCUGCAACGUCUUCUCUAUGUAUUCUCUCUAGAAUUUUCCCUCCCCAGUACGCCUGCGUGGCCGCCAUCUUGCUGCCCAAAUCACACAUAAGCCCUGCUUCCCGUAGCUCAUGGAGCUGGAUCUGAAACACUCCCUUCCCGGCUCCUUGCUCUACAAAUUACAAUAAAAUUACUUUCUCUUUCUCAAAGACCGAUGUCCAGAUUAUUGGCAAAUCUGAGCAUGCCAGACAGGGACUCACCUUCCCGGGUUCAGCAGCAAUUUUUUAUUGUUAGGCUUUCUCAGUUUGUUCUUAGAAGCAUUAAGGUAAUAAAAAUGUACUUUUACAAAGUUAACUUUUUCUCUAGGAUAAAUUUCUAAAAGUGGGAAUUGUUGGUCAAAGGAUACUUUUCUUUUUUUAGGGCUUUUGAAAUACAUUGCCAAAUGAUCUCUGAAAAAGUUAUCCAAUUUAAAUUCCCAAAGGAGUUUACGAGGGUGCUCAAAUUAUUGCUGACAAUAACAAUUUUUCUUAUUUUUAUUUUUGCCAAUCUACUAAAUUUCAAAUCUUAUUUCUAUUUUUACCCUCUAGAGAGAUUAACUACGUAUUAAUAAGUAUACUGACUACAAAUAAUUUCCUGUGGAUUGUUUUUUUUUUUGUGUGUGUUUGUUCAUUUUUG